AAGCAAGAGUGCUGAGCACCACUCCUCGCUCUGAUAACUUGGUGUAGCGAUAAAAACUUAUGCCCAAUCUGAAUUUAUAAUCAAGCUUUUAGUAUAUUGAGUGGCUUCGAGAUGCUCCACCAAUGCGCUUCGACCUCACAGAAGUUAUUUUUAGCCAAAGAUAAGGAAACGGCGGUGGGGCUUUCUUUGUGAAGCUUGUUGAAGUUCGCUGAAGAAAAAUCAGAUAACCAUGGCAACCAUUAAGCCUGGUAGGAUUGCUCUCAUCUUCACCACCCUAUUCCUGUUUGCCGCAAUGACAGCGCUCUCCAUACUGAACAAAUAUUUUGGGAAGGAUUUAGGCAUAUUCCACCGGUCGACUGGCGAUGUUUCCAGAAGAUACCCCUUAAUGAUUACUCCGCCAUGGCCGAUCUACUUUAUAUGGUACAUAGUGUUCGCAUUGGAACUAGUUCUAAUUCUUUACGGUAUUACGACAAUCUGUCGUAAAACGAAGGGCGGAAGGAGUAUUUACCUACUUUCCCUUACUCCUCCGCGGAUCUACGGUCUUUUGGUAGCCAACAAUUUGGCGGUGGUGCUAUGGUUGUAUCUUUGGAACUGGGAAUACACAGUGGCAUCUUUCAUCAUCGUUUUCACUUUACCUGUCACCAUGUACAUCAGCUUCUACACCUCUCUAAAACAACUAUUCAACAAUUUUGCAGUACUUAUUCAGGAGGACACUCAAAGCGAAAUAUGGGUUGUGAGAUUUCUCGUUCAAAAUAGUCUUGGAUUUAUUUCUGCAUGGCAGACAAUUGUCAUGUUCAUGAACCUAGGAGUGGUUCUGAGGUAUGAAGUGGGCAUUUCUGAUGAAAUCAUCUUUCUAGCAUUAAUAGGCGCUAUGGCGUUGCUAGAACUGGCAUGGUUCUGGUUGGACGUCUUCGUGUUUGACCGAUACACAAGGUAUAUCCUUCUGCCUUAUAUCCCAUGGCUGGCAAUAUGCUGCGGACUAAUAUGGAAAUUACAGAGUCUCUUUGACGAAUGGGGUAGAGACACCAUUACACUUUUCUGCUGUAGCGUGCUUGCACUGCUAUGUAUAACUGUCAAGAUCAUCUUCUUGAUCUUCAGACAUAAGAAAAGUAACAUGAAGAAAAAUGUAGAUAAAAGUAUCGAGGACAAAACCGAGAAGACUGACGAUGAAAAGAACACUGAAUUGAAAAAUAAAACAUGCGUCACAUUUGCCGUUGAGAACGAACAGGUCAACACCGCAAAUGAAAAUCAGAAAUCUGGAUCCGAAAAUGAUUUGGAAUCUAGCAAAGGGCCGUUACAAUGUCCUUUAGUACCAGCAAGCGAGGUUCAGUAUAACAGAAUAGAAAUGCAGGAACAAGCAGCAGAUGCUACGAACACUGUUAUUGUCCACAGCGACGCAGUGGAAUCGAACGCCAUUGAAGCUAUUCCAACAACUUCGGGACCACCAAAACAGGAGGUACCAAUGGAAGAAAGUUAUCUUGACAACAACAGUGUCGCGGUUGAAAAGGAGGAGAAUGAUAAAGUUGAGCAAGCAGAGUUGCCAGAGGAGAAUUCUACACCAGAAACAGCGGAGGACGACGUGUUACAACCAGACGUACUGGAAGAAAGAAUUGAAGAACCGAUAGACGAGGAAAGUGAGGAAAAUACUCUCGAGGUACAACCAGAAGGGGAAACUGUACCGUGUCACACAAAGGAAAAGACAAUCCAAGAAACUGUACCAGAGCAAGAGGAAGUGCAAAGCAAACUAAAUCCAUCUGAGCAAGUAUCUGAUGACAUCGAAUGUGCAAACCAACCAGAAAAUUUAAUAGACGUUGAUGAGCAAGAAAGUCUUGCACCUAACCAAUCAGAGUUUGUGAUAGAAUCAUCGAUACCAAGCGACCUAAAUAGUUUAGAUCAAAUCUCCAAAGAAAAUGAAAGAGAAAGUAGGCCAAUCGAUAAUGAGUCUGUCAAUUCAACAACAGCGCAAGUCGACGAUCCGAUGGAGGAUUUUGACGUAGAGAAUGAGCCAGUGGAUGAGGAGCCGGAACUGAACCAGACCCCUCCGCCUCUGUUGGAAGAUGAGGAAUAUGAAGGCACAUACAUCGUCAGAGAACCUGGAAUAGAUGACGAAUAUCAAUAUGAUCCCUCCGAGAUUGAAAACGACCAACAGGAUCCCGUCCCUGACGACACAUUACCAUCUCCCCCAAUGUCUCCUGAUUCUGACACCCUCCCAAGUCCUCCAACCGCUCCGGUGUCUGAUGGGGAAGAGUAUGAUGAAUCAGACGGAGAGGAGGCACCGCCCGUACCACCUCAGGACUAUAACAUGCCUAACAAAUCAUAUCAAAUCCCAUCAGAACCCGUUGAGUCCCAACCGAUAACCACCAAUGGCUAUAGCGAGCAGAGGCGACCAGAAAGCUUUGGGACUGUCGACACUGCUGUAUGACUCUAAUGGUGUAUACAUGUAUUGAGCUAAAUUAGAAAAGAAGAAUAACAGGGCAUUUUCGAUUUUUUGGGAGGGGGGGGGGGAGAUAAACUCUGGAGCUAAGUGCUACUUACUGAAGAAUACUCAUGACAAUUUUAUACUGUUUUGUACAGUUUGUAAAUAUGGGACCAUAGUCGUCUGCAACUUUUCUUCAUUUUUUAGAGAUGCACUUGAUAUAUUGCAUGAUUCAAAUAAGACUUGCAAAAUUUUCAUACAAGAUGAUCGAGCAAAGCGGAGAAACACACGCACACACACACAUAGGAAAAUAUAGCUCAGAAUUGAAAGGAACUCCAAAAUAAACUGAAGUGACCGAUGUCACUUGCACUGAUUAUACUCGCAUAAAUGUUAACGUCGCAUUGGUGAUCACAUUUUGCUAAAUAACAGGGAGUGAUUUCUAUUUGAAUAAAAAGAAUAUGUCUGUAGUCUUAGAAUCAUGCAAUAUUUUAUCUCUAAUUCAUAGUCAGUUGAAAAUGCAUUCAUUUACUAAUAUCUUUCACUAUUUAACAAUAUUCAAUCGUCAGUGAAUGCAUGUACAUGACAUAUUAUAAUUAUUCAUGCACUCUGACAGUUGAAAAUUGGUAAUUUGUAAAAGAUAAAAACUCAUAUUGUAUACUUGUUUUCAUGUCUACUUCUGCUUUCUUUAUCCGACAUGAUGUACUUUCAUUUGCUAUCUCUUGUACAUAUUCAUUUGUGUUUUCAUAUCGUAUAGAUUUUAAAAUAAAAUAGAUAAUUAGGUAUA